CGUAUUGUAUUGGCCAGACCGCCGGACACUGAGGUCCGUAUUGGCUGUUUUUCUUUCACAAGGAUCCCAAAGAACUCAGAUUUGGAAUAUUGGGUUACAGUGUGGCAAAAUGGCGACUGUCAUUCAGAAUCCGCUGAAAGCGCUCGGGGACCAGUUCUACAGGGAGGCCAUUGAGCACUGUCGCAGCUACAAUGCCCGCUUGUGUGCAGAGCGCAGCGUCCGCAUGCCCUUUCUGGACUCUCAGACAGGCGUAGCGCAGAACAACUGUUACAUCUGGAUGGAGAAGCGACACCGGGGGCCAGGGAUGGCAGCAGGUCAGAUGUACACCUACCCAGCGCGUUGUUGGAGGAAGAAGAGGCGACUUCACACACCUCUUGACCCUCAGCUCCGUCUUUGUGAACUCAGACUCGAGGCUGAGCUGAUGGCCAAGAGAGAAGCCCCGCAGACAGAGGCCACGGCCCUUGAAGCACUGCUACGAGGAGACGGGAUCUUGGACAAGAGGAACAAUAACGCUAAAGAGGAAGAGACACUUCUGGAAAUUCAGCGGGUGUUGGAAGCAGACGAAAAUGGGGACGGUUUUCAUGAUGAUGAGGAUUUUGAAGUGGACACACCAAAGAGGAAGCAUCGAAACAAAGGCAGGGGUCGAGGCUCUGGGCGCAGGCGAACAGAAGCAGUGGCCAACGACGAUCAGGAUAAACCCUACGUGUGUGACAUUUGUGGCAAGCGUUACAAAAACCGUCCUGGACUAAGCUACCAUUACGCCCAUACUCACCUUGCUGAAGAGGAAGGUGAGGAAGAACGGGAAACCGAAAUCCCUCAAUCUCCUCCUGUCCAUCAUGAGAAUCAUAAACCACAGAAAGCGCCUGAUGGUUCGAUCAUCCCUAAUGACUACUGUGACUUCUGUCUGGGAGACUCAGGCUCUAACAGGAAGACAGGCCAGGCCGAGGAGCUGGUUUCCUGUUCAGACUGCGGCCGCUCUGGCCACCCUUCAUGCCUGCAGUUCACAGACAACAUGAUGCAGGCUGUGCGAACCUACCAGUGGCAGUGCAUCGAGUGUAAAUCCUGCAGUCUGUGCGGCACCUCUGAGAAUGAUGAUCAGCUUCUGUUCUGUGAUGACUGUGAUCGGGGAUACCACAUGUACUGCCUUAAACCUCCUAUGACACAGCCACCAGAGGGAAGUUGGAGUUGUCAUCUGUGCCAGAAUCUGCUUAAGGAUAAAGCGUCUGGUGUUGAAGAUCCAUAAGCAUCGUGAGGAGGUUCUGCACACAGAGACGCACAGCAGACUCAGGAUGGGUGUUAGCCUUGUAGUUUUUCCUCCUGUAGUGUGGAGUCUUCCUCUACCUCAGUGGUACAAACAUUUUCCUCAAACACAUCUGGGUAAUCGGUAGUCUACUGUACCUCGCAAACAUCCAGACUGUCCGAUCACCUAGAAACACGAGUUGCAUUUUGUAAAACACAAAAAAAGGUACUUUGUUAAAUAGCAUCAUCAGCACAAGAACUACACUGAACGAAGUCAACCUCUUAUACACACACAGAAUCUCUUGAUUCUAACACUGUUUCUAAAACAGUCACAAGCACAGAGAUUCUACUCAAAGUAACACUCCACUUUUGUCUUUUGAAUAAGACCCACUUUACAUGUCCCCUACAGUUUUAUCCUUUUUUUAAUCCAUUCAGCAAGUCUCCCAGUCUGUCAGGAGCACAUUUAGCUUAGCUUAGCAUAAAUCGUUAUAACUACAGAGCAGUGUUCAUUUUGAGAGCAAAUUUUGAUUUAGUCUUAGUCUUUUGACUAAAAUCCAUUUUAGUUUUAGUCAUAUUUUAGUCUUCUGAAUCAUUUUAGUUUUAGUCUAGAUUUAGUCAGCUAAAUUUAAUAGGAUUUUAGCCUAAGGCUGCAUUUACACUGCAUGGUUCAAGUGACUCAAUUUCGAUUUUUUUCUCCCAUGUGGCAGAGAUCAGAUAUGGCCUAUGUAUAUGUAAGCAGGAAAAAAUCACAUGGAUUCCGAUUCACACAAAUCAGACUCAGGCCUUGUUCAUAUGUGGAAAUUUAUCCGAUAUGAAUCGGAUCUGUGCCCUCGUGUCUGCAGUGUAAGCAAUGCAAGUUACGCAUCAUUAAAAAAAUAAAAUAAAAUAAAAAAAGCAAGAAGACUUUUAUAGCUUUUAUAUUGUCAUAUACCUGUAGCAUACAUAUUAAAGUAUGUUAAAGAGAGAGAGAGAGAGAGCACAAUAUCCGCCACGUAACCAAUAUAAACUAAUAUAAAACUAUUGCAGACAUUACAUGCAUAAAUCAUGCCAUGGACCUGACAUUAAAAUGCUUCCUGGUUUAAAAAGGCUUAGAUUAAAAGAAGAUGGCCAAAUGCGAAUUUUUCUGCCAUAACUAUAGUAAAACAACUUGUCAAAAAUAUAUCUAUAUUUUAAAUGAAACCCAACGAACAGGUUAAAUACAGAAAGGAGCGCUCUUUUAUUAUCAGCUGUCAGUCAGCGCCCGCUCGUUUUUUUUCCUGGUCAUUACGCCUUUGUCAUGUGCAGUGGAAAUGCAGACAAUCGGAUAGGAGUAGCAAAAAGAUGAUGUAAGCAGGUCACCAAAAAAAAUCAGAUACAGUCACAAAAUCGGAAUUCACCAUCAAGAUCUGCAGUGUAAAUGCAGCCUAAAAUAUAUUUGGUUUAAUUGAAGUGUAAUUUAAUUAAAAUAUUGUAUACAUUUAUUUAUACAAAUAAAACAUAGAAACAUACAAAUAAUGAAUCUUCUUAUUCUCUCAGCUGUUGACAUGCCAUUAUUGUUUGAUCAGACAGACAGACGCCCCAUAAAAGGUGAUGUAAUCGCAUCCCACGUCUACUGUGGAACAGUUACUUUUCAAAUGUAUGUGUACAGUAUGUGUGCGUAAUUAGAUUCAUUCUGAUUGGAUAUUCACUGAAAUACGUCCCUCAAUCACAUUUUUGUCUCAUUUUUAUUAGUCAACAAAAAUGUCAGUAUAUUUUUAUUAAAGUCAUCGACAUCACUUCAUUUUUAUUUAGUUUUUAUCUGUAGAAACUUGUUUGACACAAAAAUUAUGACGAAAAAAUUUUAUCAACAAAAGGAACAGUGCUACAGAGGAGUAAAGCUUUAAAUAGGUAAAGUAUCAAAACACCUUGUUAAUUUUUGGAGUGAGAUGCCAAUGGUCUAAUCCGAUUCAAUGAUUUAUGCUAAGCUAAAAUGGCUCUCGUCAGACCUAGAGAUUGCCUGCAUGCAUAAAAAAAUGGUAAAACUCGAGAUGACUUGUGGAAUUAGCCCAUUUGCAAAAAAAAAAAAAAAAAAAAAAAUGGAGUGUUCCUUUAAAGGUAAAAGAGCCUGUUAUAAACAGUCAUUCUGACUACACUUGAUGCAAUGCCAGCUCUCAGACUGUAAACGUGUUAUGUUCCUUAUCGUAUUCAAGAGUGCUUGUGCUACUUUUGACAUGAAGGACACAUGGAUUUGGUUUGUCUUUCAUGUUGACUGUAGAUGGUGCUAUCGUAUCAUAGUGUGUCAGUUUUGGUGAUUAUUGGCUAAUGUGUAAGUGUUUAUUUUUUUAUGAAGAUUGUGAAAGAUUCAAGAGAUCAACGUCCUACAAUGCAAUUCAAAAUAGAAAAAGAAAAUUACUAAAUAAAAGGGUGACACUUUAUUUUGAUGGUCCGUUUGAUACAUUGCAUCUAUAUGUCAAUUAAUUCUCAUUGGAUUAUAAGCAGACUGUUGACAUGUACUUGCAAAGUUUCUUAUAGUCAGUUAAAUGUCUGUUAAGGGAGCAGUAUCGGCAGAUAUUAAGCAGACAGCCUACUAAUACUCAAAUGGACCAUCAUAAGAAAGUGUUACCUAUACAAGAAACUGUUAAUAAACAAGUUCUUUACAGUGUGUAAAUGUUUAAAAAGCAUCACACACUUACCCAGAGACAGUGGAAUGAAGCAUUAGCCUUUUAGUUGGAGUUUCUUUCACUUUAAUCGUGUUUUUUAAUGUCUGCGAUCUGGAAGCCAGAAGGAUUUCUUGACAUUUUUGGCUUGCAUCAAGAAACCAUUUUUAUAAAAAGAGGACAAAUGUGAUCAGAAGCGCAUCUCUUUUUUUACACUAAGAUCAUCAUUCAGGUAGACAUUAGAGCAGGGGUGUCUAAACUCAGUCAUGGAGGGCCGGUGUGCUGUAUAGUUUAGCUCCAACUUCCUUCAACACAUUUCUAGUACCUAGAAAGCGCUUGAUUGGCUGGUUUAGGUGUGUUUAACUGGGAUUGGAACUGAAAUAUGCAGGACACCGUCCCUCCAGGAUCAAGUUUGGACACCCUUGCAUUAGAGCUUAGUAUAGCUAGCUUAUUGUGAAAGCAAUCUUUAAAAUAAAUGGCAAAAUAAAAAGUUUCCAAGCACUUAGAUUCGAUUUCAUCAGGACUGGAAAUAAUGCUGUUGAGUGUUUUUUAUUUGUGUGUAUAAAUAUAUAUAAUUUAGCAGACAAUCGUGUGGUGGGUAAUUUACAUGAUAGCCAUCAUCAUAUUCUGUUAAACAAGUAAUGCUUUUCCUUCUUAGCAUGCUUUGUAUUACCUUUGCAAGCCUGCUUUUUUCCUUUUAGGUUUACACUUUUGUGCGUAUUAAAUGUGAAUGCAUUAGGCUGUUUGACUCUUUAUGUCAUGUUGUAUCAGACAGAUCUGGUUGUGCUCCAGGAACAUUCGCAUCUAUUGUUCCAUGGCCUUCAUAGCUCUCUGAGUGAAACAUCUGUUCACUCCAUUCUGUAUUUCUCUUGCUCGUGAUAUAUUAGCAUUUCUAUUUCCAUCUGGACAUUCUCUCAUGUCAUUCCCACCUCCUUCACCUGUAUAAUACAUUAGAGGCUCUAUUUUCAGAGCCAAUUCAUCAGCGCUCUCCAGAUCCUGUGAUCUGCUGAAUAUUUUAGCUAUGCAUUUUUUAUCUGUUUCAAAAGGUCAUCAACAUUACAUCUACAUUUUUGGCAGGUGUUUCCUUUAGCG